UCAAUCACCCUUACCUACUAAAAACAAAGAUGGUAAUAAAAACAGUAGAUCUUUUGAAGAAUGAAAUUCCCAUAGAGGAGGAAUCAGUAGUCAUCACUGAAGAUAUUAAGGCUGGACUUGUUCUUGUGGACAUAAUCAAUGGAUUUUGUACUGUUGGAGCUGGAAAUCUGGCACCAAGAGAGCCUAACAGGCAAAUCAGUGAAAUGAUUGAUGAAUCAUCAAGGCUUGCUAGAGCGUUUUGUGACAAGAAAUUGCCAGUUCUUGCCUUUCUUGAUUCACAUCAACCUGAUAAACUUGAACACCCUUAUCCUUCUCACUGCAUCACUGGCACUGAUGAAUCCAACUUGGUUCCUGCACUAAGAUGGGUGGAGGAGGAACCAAAUGUUACAAUCAGGCGCAAAGAUUGUUAUGAUGGCUAUAUUGGUUCCUUUCAGGAGGAUGGCUCUAAUGUAUUUGUUGAUUGGGUGAAGAACAACCAAAUUCAACUUUUGUUGGUGGUAGGGGUGUGCACGGAUAUUUGUGUGCUGGACUUUGUUUGCUCUACAUUAUCAGCUAAGAACCGCGGAUUCCUCAACCCUUUAAAGGAUGUAGUAGUUUACUCUCAGGGAUGUGCCACCUUUGAUUUUCCAGUCUCCAUGGCAAGAAACACCAAAGAUAUUUCACCACAUCCACAGGAGCUAAUGCAUCAUGUGGGACUUUAUAUGGCCAAGGGAAGGGGUGCCAAAAUAGCUAAAGAAGUUUCCUUCAACAACUUGAACAAACCAUGAUGUAUUGCCAAUCUUUUCUUUAGAAAAGACUGCAUUUUAUGUACUCCAGUAGUUUCUAUGAUCACAAUAAUACUACAACAUGAUGUGCUGUUUCCAUUAGAUUAACGCAAGAAUAGAGUUGCCUUGUCUAAUCAAUAGAUGUAUGUUAUGAAUGCAGUGUCCAUUCAUUUCCUUAUAAUAGGAUAGUAGUCUAUCCAUAAAUUUGCCAAAAUAAUAUAUAGUAUUACAGUUUCAUA